AUGCAGAGACUGUUUACGUGCCCCCUGAGGCUGUCGGAGAAGCAACCACAGGGCAGCGCUCAUGUUCCAAAAUCCGCCGAAGCCCCAGAAGAAACACCCAUCCAACGUGUACUACAACACGGUCAAGCCAGACUGACUCCUCCCAAUCCAGCCCGCAGUAGCACCACUCCCAAGGCUAACCUUAGCUUCAAGCCAUACUGCCCCUACUGCGACAACAGAAAGCACUACCUCAGCCUGUGCCCGCAGUUCAAAGCACUCUCCACGGCAGACUUUUCUGCAUGGAUCAAAGGCCGAAGCUGUUGGAGAUGUGGACGAAAUCAUCCACCUGAGGCAUGCACUCUGAAGAAACCCUGCCACACUUGCAAGCAGUUACACCUCACAGUGCUGCAUGAAGUGAGCCAGCCCGAGCCGAAGCGGGUUCUAAUGGUCAGCACAUCCCCAGACACCAUCUACGUUGACCGUCCAAGCCGUCCACAACGAGUCAUGCUUAAGCUACUGUAG